AGAUAGUUUGCGACUGCCCCACACCCCACCAAACUCUCUGAUUUCGAAGUAAAAUAUUCGCCCUCGACUAAAAUUUCAUCGCACUUCAACCUUAACAUAAAAACAACUCCGAAGCAACUUGCAACGAUUCCAUAUUAUUUCGGAGUAGAAUAUACGCGCAAGAAUUGAUUAUUUUCUGGAAUCGUCCAAUAUGGCGCCUACUUCUUUAGCCGACCUCAUUUCGGCCCUGCCCGAAGGCGAUGGAUGGGGCCCUCCCCCCGUAACCGAGACCACUCUGAAUGGUGUCCCGUAUGCUCCCUUCUCGAAGGGGGACAAACUAGGUCGCAUGGCAGACUGGACCGCGGAUAGCAAGGAUUCCCGCGACGGUCGUGGUGGUAGACAGCAGUAUAACCGCAACUUUAGGGACCAGCAGAUCUAUGGCGCUGGUAGUGCCGCGCUCUUUACCGCCCCUGUCGCCGAAGACGAAAAUACCUUCUCCGUUGUUAGCCGAGAGCCCACUAAGACACGAUACGGCCGGGGAGCCGUUUUCACGCGCGGCCGUGGACAGCGAGGCGCUCGUCAGGAUACUAGAGGUGGCCGUGCCCAACCUCAGCGCCCUGGACGUGGAGGUAACCAAGGCUAUGGAUACGACAGCCGUGGACGCUCCAACGCGCCUCGUGGCCGUCGCUUUGGAUGGAAGGACUACGAUAAGCCGACUCGAAACCGAGAUGCGUCCAUUAACAUCAAGGCUGACUGGCAGCUGCUGGAAGAAAUUGAUUUCAACAGGCUCGCCAAGUUGAACCUGGAUGCGGACGAUGGAGAGGAUAUCGACAGUUACGGAUUCCUAUAUUACUAUGAUCGGUCUUACGAUAAGCAACCCGUCAAGGCAGCCGAGAGGAGACUUGUGCCUCUGGAUCGUGCCGCUUACAACGUCACGACCUCUUCGGAUCCUGUCAUUCAGGAACUAGCUGAGAAGGACGAGGCUACUAUCUUCGCCACUGACAGCAUCCUGUCCAUGCUCAUGUGUUCUACCCGCUCGGUUUACCCGUGGGAUAUCGUCAUCGUCAGACAAGGCAACAAGAUCUUCUUUGACAAGCGUGAUAGCGCCGCGCUUGACAUGGUGACGGUGAAUGAGAAUGCCGCAGAUGCGCCACUGGAAUCUUCCGAUGGCAACAAGGAUGGUAUUAACCAGCCUGGUGCUCUUGCGGAAGAGGCUACAUAUAUCAAUCACAACUUUGCUAACCAAAUUGUUCUGGAGAAUGAGUCUAACAAGGUUGAGAUGACUCACGAGAACCCGUUCUAUAACGCUUCCGAAGAGACCGAACCUCCCGCAAGCAAGGCAUACAAGUACCGCAGAUUUGACCUUUCGACUAGCGAAGAGGACCCCAUGUACUUGAUCGUUCGAACUGAGUUAGACGCCGUCCAAAAGAACGCCAUCAAUGGCGAGGACCAAUUCGUGACCGUCAAGGCCCUAAACGAAUUCGACAACAAGGCACAAGGCAGUGGUGGUGCUUUGGACUGGAGGACUAAGCUGGUCAGUCAACGCGGUGCAGUCGUUGCGACGGAGAUGAAGAACAACAGUGUCAAGCUUGCCAGAUGGACGGUGCAGAGUAUCCUGUCUAAGGCCGAUGUCAUGAAGCUUGGCUUUGUUUCUCGGGCCAACCCGAAGACUAACGACAAGCACAUCAUUUUGGGCGUUAUUGGCUGGAAGCCCAAGGAUUUCGCCAACCAGAUGAACUUGUCUCUCUCCAACGGCUGGGGUAUCGUCCGCACCAUUGCUGACAUGUGCCUCAAGCGCGAAGAUGGCAAAUUUGUGCUUGUGAAGGAUCCUAACAAGUCGAUCCUUCGUCUGUACGAAGUACCCGCUGGUAGCUUCGACGAGGAUGGCGAGGAGGAAACGAUUCCUGAGACCGUUGCUGAGGAAGAUUAAACUCAACAGCUUGAGAAGAGAGGACUUUAGGAAGCUUGGUCUAGUAGUUCACGGGUUAUCUACCUGAGGACAACCCGGUGACAUUAGGAGCAAAAGAAGCAUUCAUAAUAGAGAACAUUGAUCCAAGUUCGUAAUUGUUCGACUAUUUCUUGGCCAUGAUAUGUUCAAAUCAAGCUAUAAAUCUACG